UGUCCCUCGGCGGCCGCCGUGGUUGGCGCGCGGUGCGGCGGGAUGGAGCGCGGCGGUGCGGUGGUGCGGCGGGCGCGGCGGCGGGCGCCGGAGGGAGCGCAGCGGGAGGACGGGGAGAGCGACGCGAAGAAGCGCGGCGGGCCGAGGCGGCGGGCGCUGCCCGAGGCGCCCAGUGCGGCGCUGGUGCUGCUGUACCUGCUGGCGCUGCGGGCGCUGGUGCAGCUCUCGCACCGGAGGCUGCUCGGUCCGCCGGGACACGCCGCGCCGCGAGACUUCAGCGCCCUCCGAGCCAGGGGAUAUCUUGACAACCUAACAGCAAUUGGGCCCAGAACAGUUGGAAGUCCAGCAAAUGAAGUUCUUGCAGUUAACUAUCUCUUAGAACAAAUUAGGGCAAUAGAAAGAGAAAGCACAGAUGCUCACAAGGUAUCUGUAGACAUACAGAGGCCCACAGGCUCCUUCAGCAUUGACUUUUUAGGAGGCUUUACUAGUUACUAUGCAAACAUAACCAAUGUUGUAGUGAAGCUGGAACCCCGAAAUGGAGCUGAGCAUGCUGUGUUAUCCAAUUGUCACUUUGAUUCUGUACCAAAUACCCCUGGUGCCAGUGAUGAUGCUGUUAGCUGUGCAGUGAUGCUUGAAAUACUUAAUACACUUUCAAAAUCACCAGAGCCCCUACAGCAUGCUGUCAUAUUCUUAUUUAAUGGUGCAGAAGAAAAUAUUUUGCAGGCUAGUCACGGCUUCAUUACACAACAUGAGUGGGCCAAGUCAAUUAGAGCUUUUAUCAACCUGGAGGCAGCGGGUGUAGGAGGAAAAGAACUUGUUUUUCAAACAGGACCUGAGAAUCCUUGGUUGGUACAAGCAUAUGUAGUUGCAGCCAAACAUCCUUUUGCCUCUGUGGUGGCACAGGAAAUAUUUCAGAGUGGUAUUAUCCCAGCAGAUACAGACUUCCGUAUCUACAGAGACUUUGGCCAUGUUCCAGGAAUAGAUUUGGCUUUUAUUGAAAAUGGCUACAUUUACCAUACAAAAUAUGACACAUCGGACAGAAUUUUAACGGAUUCCAUUCAGAGAGCAGGUGACAAUAUUCUAGCUGUCCUAAAAUACCUAGCAACGUCAGAUAAAUUGGCAAAGUCUUUUGAGUAUAGACAUGGAAAUGUUGUGUUCUUUGAUAUUCUUGGUUUAUUUGUCUUGGCUUAUCCUGCUCGUGUUGGCACCAUCAUGAACUAUAUUACAGCAGCAAUUGCUUUUCUUUAUUUAAGCAAGAAAGUGUUACAGCCCAAAACCAGAGCUGUUCAGAACCUGAAGACAUUAUUUACUGCGUUGGGUUUAACACUAAUAAGUUGGGUCUGCACAUUGGUGACAGUCCUUAUUGUGGCAGUGUUUGUUUCCAUCAUUGGACGGUCUCUUUCUUGGUACAGCCACUUCUAUGUUUCUGUUUUUCUUUAUGGCACUGCAGCUGCAGCUAAGCUCAUUCUUGUGCAUAUGCUAGCCAAGAAGUUUUUCUACAAGAAUAUGAAUGAGCAGUGCCUGGGGGAUAAUUUUUUUGAUGCCUCAUUGAUGAUUUGGUCUGUAGCAUUGGCUGUGUUGACUCAGAUGGGCCUUUGUUCAGCAUUCAUUUGUACGUUAUGGGUAGUGUUUCCUUUACUUGCAAAGCUGAUGACCCAUAAAGAAUUCAGCCAAAAAGGUACCACACUGAAAUUUGUCAUGAUGUACAUGCUGGGAGUGUUUGUUCCCUAUCUGUAUAUGAUGUAUCUUAGUUGGACUGUGUUUGAAAUGUUUACGCCUAUCAUGGGACGAAGCGGUACAGAAAUUCUACCAGAUGUAGUGUUGGCAGGACUUAUUGUGGUCAUCACUAUGAUUCUGUCAUCCUAUCUGAUUAACUUCAUUUACCUUGUCAAAAGUACAAAAACGACGCUAAUAACUUUAACUACUGUGUUUGUAGUCACUCUGAUUCUCGUUUGUAGUGGAAUCUUCUUUCCUUACAGUUCUGAUGCAGCUAAUCCAAAGCCUAAGCGAGUCUUUCUCCAGCACACCAGCAGAAGAUUUCAUGACCUAGACGGAAAUGUGGUUAAAAGUGAUUCUGGCAUAUGGAUUAAUGGAUUUGAUUAUAAUGGAAUAUCUCACAUAACUCCCCAUGUGCCUGAAAUCAAUGACACCAUUAGAACUCCAUGUGAGGAGCAGGCUCCUUUCUGUGGCCUUCCCUGGAUUCUGCCAGUGCAUUUCAUGUUCCGCAAAAACUGGUAUCUUCCUGCUCCUGAAAUUUUUCCAAGAAGCCCCAUUCGCUUUAACCUUCUGUCCAAGGAGCUGAUGCCUUGGAACUCCGUGAGGUUAAACUUUGAAGUAUCUGGUCCAAGUCAUAUGUCUCUCUAUGUUCGGCCGCAUGAAGGGUCGGCUCUGUCCACCUGGUCUCUUGGGGAUGGAACCCCCGUUGCAAGCGUAGGAGGAGACUACUUUGUAUUUUACUCCCAUGGGCUGCAGGCUACACCGUGGCACUUCUGGGUGGAGCUGACAGCCCCAGAAAAGCAUUCUGAUGGAAUGGUCUCCCUUGCCAUAGCAGCACAUUACUUUUUUGGGGAGGAUCAAAAAUCACCUCAACUCUCUGCCUUACUGGAGAGGUUUCCAAACUGGACAUUUUCUUCUGGUUGGUCCUGCACUUACGACCUUUUUGUCUUUUAAUGUCAACAAGAAAUGCAGUGUUAAUAUGGUAAACUCUCUGACGCAGAGAUACUGUUGCAUCAAACGUUUUCCAACAAGAUAUCAGAGACAUUCACAAGAAUUUUAAGUAUUUUGGCAACCAAUGGUGUUUCUUUGGCAGCUUGACUAUUUAAAGACUACUGCUGUCUUGGGGAUAUAGUGAUACUUCAUGUCAACAUGAAUACCAUUCACCUUAGUUCUUCCAGUCUGGCAGUUUGACUAGUGAGUUUCUUAAAAUGGUUACUGUGUGUGAGGAGGUAAUGUUAGUGUAAUGUGAUGGCAGUUGUAAUGGAAGGACCUCAUGGAAUUAUUUUGAUGUUACAGCAUACUUCAUGCACAUGGGGGACUGUUGCCUACCAAUCCUAUCCGUCCUAUAAAAGUAAAACUUUCAGCUAAAAGAAGCUUUGUAUGGGGGGAGGCAGGGGUGCUGAAGCCCUAAAUGUUACAUUUGUCACUUUAUGAAGUCACAGAAAGUUAUAAUGCCGUUUCCUAGUUCUUAGCAAGUGCACAAUGAGAAAUAAAUCAAUAUUAUGAUGGAAUGUGGUAAUUAUUUAUCUGGAAUGUAUUUUCCAAAUAAUAGGUUUCUGUUAAAAACUUGUUUCUGACUCUCUUGCCUGCCUCUUCAGUGUUACAGCUUGAAUGGCUAACUUUGACCUAACUAUCUUUUUGUAGUUCUGCUCCUGUGGGAAUCUUUCAGUAUCAGCAUAUAUGCAUGUGACUGGCUGUUUUGUAUGUAAGAGUGCUAAGUCCCCACUCAUUUAUGUGGAUGUCUUAUAAUUAAUCUAUUCUAAAUUUGAAGUUAUCUUCUAAUUUAUUAGAAUUGGCUGAUUUUUGGUAUCUCCUCUGGAGAGACUUUUGGUAAUGUGACAGUAUUGCACUUUGCCAAUACAUUUAAAUGUUCCUUAAAAUACGGUUUGCUUUCCAUAAGGAAAUUUGAAGAAGAGUAAUCUUUAAGAAGAUGUCUAAUAUCUCUGGAUUGCUCUUGAUUUAUUUCCAGAGGAUGGCUUUUAUAAAAGACUGUAAGAGAUUUAGACUACCUUGCAAUUUUAUUUGGCAAGCUUUGAGUUCAGAAGCCACCGACCUCUUGCCAGGUUUUUUUUUUCAGUGCAGUGUAAUAGUUGUUAGUUGUUGAAAUUCAAAGAAAUUCUGUGUACCUGAAAAAAACUUCUCCAUGCAUUUUUCCAAACUAUAUAUGAAACAUUCUGUGGUAUCAAUAGCACACCGUGAAUUGUACAGAUUAGCAUUUUAUUGCUCUCAUGAGUAUUGCCAAAUUGCAUGCAAAGCAGAUUUUGUGCUUGUAUCAUCAUUUUGAAUAAAAACAUGCUAGCACUGGGAACUUUUCAUGGCAUGUGAAAGAAAAUUUUGUGUCACUUUAAUUUGUUUAAUUUGUGUCACUGCUGUGAUGGACAGCAGCUCUCCAGUCAGGUAUUUUUCCUUCAUAUUGUUCUGUAAUUCUGUACUAUAGUGGCAAGAAACAGUUUCCUUUGCAAGGUAUAUCUGUGAAGAUUUUCACCUGACUCAUGGAUUAGGGUUAGGAGGUUUAAUGACUGUAAUCUUAAUGAACUGUCAAGUAUCUUAAAACCAGUGGGUCCUUCUAAACUAAUGUGUGUAUUAAUCAUCACUCGAUUGUGUGUGAUUUGAAACUACAGUUCCCUAUAUUUUACAUUUAUUAUUUUUUUAUAAGUACUAUUAAUGAUUUAAAAAAUGGAGUUUUGGUUCAUAACUCUUGUCUUGAAUCUCAACAAAGGUUUUGUACUGUACUUUAGCUGAUGCACAGCUAGUUAACUAAAGCUGCACUCAUAUUUACCGUCUUCCUCAGUUUUGAUAUUUAUUUUGUUUUGCCUCUGAUUUAAAGCUUUGAAAAAGUGCUGUCAAGAAUUUAUACUGGGAGCCAAAAAUCUAAAAAUGCUGGUUAGCAGUUUCUGCAAGUUCAGUGAAGCAAUAACUUUUUCUAACUCAGGAUCUAACUUUUUAAUUAAAUAAUUUAAUUAUGAGGGAUAUCUAGCUUGUUGUAAAUUUCUGUCUUGUAAAUAAAAGCAAAACUUAAUCAGUGAAACUUAAUUUUCGAUUAAAAGCAUAUUUGCAUUUUCAUUCAUUGCACUGAAGUUUUAUUUAAGCUUGAGGUAGAAAUACUGCUAAGCAGUGCUGAAGUUAGACAGCUAGAGUUAGAGCUAUGUGGAAGAUAUGCAUGCCAAAGAAUAAAAAAUUACCUGAUGUGGUAAAUAUUAAAAUAAGGGCCCAGGGUGGUUGCCUAGAGAGGAGGAUUCUUCUUGAAACAAGAUGUAGUGUGGAAGAGUCACUGGUAGCAAAGCUAAGUAUUCUUGGCAAAACUGGUACUUGAGAGUAAAUUUGUUGAUCAGCAGUAGAAAAACAGGAAUAAAAAUUUUGCUCUUUCAGUGUCCAUCUGCUUCCCCAUUAAUCCAAACAGAUUUGUCUUCUGCUGCUGUGCGUUAUUAUUACUCAUAAAAAGUAUUGUGUGCCUAAUUCUGUGAAAUACACAUCAAGCAGCUGCUGAUUUUAAAGAUAAGGCACGGGAGUAGAAAGAGUCUUUAUUCUUACUGAGGCAGUAAGCAGCUAGUUGAUUGGAAUUCACGUAUUCAACUGAAACAAUUUACACGCACACAUUAUCUAAAUAGCUUAAAUCUUCCUUAAUGCUAGAUUUCUUCCCUGACUUGGCUUUGCAAAUGUAUUAUGUUCUCUAUUGUAGUACUGUUAUGUAUCUAUAGUUAAAAGAGCUUCAGAAAUAGCUAUAUCCAUUCAAGCACAUGGUGGCAAAGAGGCCUGGAUGUGUUGUGGUUUUACAGUCAAAUGUGUUAAUUAGUGUGCCACUAUACCUUCAGAUGGCCUCUCAAGAGGAAGCAUUGCCUUUGAAGAAAGAAAGGGUUGGAAUAGAUGAAAUGAACAGAACUUCAGCUGUUGUACAUUGUUCAGCUGAGUGGAGCUGCUCUGUGUUAGCAAAACACAUCUUUAAUGUCUAUUUGAUGUAGGUUGGGUUGCAACCCUGCUGGAAAAGCAUUAAUCAAAUAUACAAGAUCUUACAAGUCUAUACAGAGCUAAUUGGAGCAUUAGGGAUGUAGCUGCUGAAUAGUUUGCCUGCACAGUAAUGCUGUUCAGUACUUUUUCCUGUGGGGACUAAACUCAAUCUCAUUCUUGAUAGUGAUCUGGAAGAAGCCUGCAGGAUGAUCCAUCAUAGAAUUUAAUACCUGGUCUUAGUGAUGGACGGUUAAUAAGCCAUUGGUAACUCUUUGUGCUUUCACAAAACUGUGUGGUUAGGCAGGAUGAAGUUGCAUAUGCGUGUAUUCUGUUUUGAACGUGGAUUCUAAGUCUUCAUGAAAAUCUGAUCCAGUUUCAGGGGAUAGUCAGGCUUUCCUGUUCAUUGCAGAAGAGGUUCUUUAUGGUUCUGUCAGAGCUGCAGGUGCAGCUUAAGAACAUGCCAAGGAUAAAGCUGAGACUUGAGCAAGCAAGUAUACGCUGGUUUAGGGAGAUCCAGUCACUGCUAUCUGUAUUUCAAGCAGGGUGUCAAGCAUCACUGGCCAUAAACAAAACAUCUUUUUAGAAAUACAUUGUGUUUCAGAAAGCUGCAAAAAUCUGUUGGAAGCUAGGAGUGGUUUGUCUAGAAAAGAGUAAUUCUGUCAGUUGGGUCUGAGGCUGUGGAACAAAUACAAGCUAAAUCUUGUAUUUAAAAAGACAAUGAAAAGUAAUUGUUUUAGAAAGGUGUCCAUGUAUGGUUUAUUCAAAGAUGUUGUUUUUUUCUAGGUGUGGGUGUCUCUUUCAGAUAGGAAAUGAUCAUUUGAAAAAAGUUAUGAAAGAGUGGUUGGGUGCCUUAUGGCUGAAGUGGUUACCAAGACUGCUCAUGAAGUCUAUUCUCAGUGCUUUCUGGUAGGAAAACCUGUAGCUUAUAAACACUUCAGCUCUAUGACUGUUUACAUUGGUUGCUUUGAACACUAGUGAAAUACGAGCUUGCUUUGGCUGACAAAAGUGAUGGUGAAAAUUAUCCUCAGAGACAUGAUUGGACUUGAGCUGUUUUGCAAGUGUGCAUAUACCCUGUGAGAGGAUUUUUUUUAAAUGAGUAGCAAGAAAUCCAAGCACAGAUGCAAUUACAAGGCCCAACACAAAAAAAUCUCCAACCUAACCGUACAGCUGAGGAAC